GAUGCACUCUACAGCUCGGCUGGCACUGCCUGGCGCUGGAACCAGGAAGGCGCUGAGCUUAAACUGAAGCAAGUUCGGAGGACGCCAGCGGUGACCUGAUCCGAAGAAGCGUUUCCAGGUCUGCGGCGCUUGCACGUCUAUUGGAGGUGUGAACCCAAAGGUCAGGACCCAAAAAUGGGACGCCGGUCAUCAGAUACUGAAGAAGAAAGCAGAAGCAAGAGAAAAAAGAAACACCGUAGGCGAUCAUCUUCAAGCAGUUCUUCAGAUAGUAGAACAUAUAGCCGAAAGAAAGGUGGAAGGAAAUCAAGAUCAAAAUCAAGAUCUUGGUCCAGAGAUCUUCAGUCUCGUUCACAUUCUUAUGAUAGAAGACGCAGGCAUCGAUCAAGCAGUAGCUCUUCUUAUGGCUCCAGAAGGAAACGAAGUCGAAGUCGUUCAAGAGGUCGAGGGAAAUCAUAUAGAGUUCAGAGGUCUAGGUCAAAAAGCAGAACAAGAAGGUCCAGGUCAAGACCUCGUCCACGUUCUCACAGUCGAAGCAGUGAGCGGUCUAGUCAUAGAAGAACGCGAAGUCGAUCUCGGGAUAGAGAACGACGGAAAGGCAGAGAUAAAGAGAAAAGAGAAAAAGAAAAGGAAAAAGGCAAGGACAAGGAAUUACAUAACAUCAAACGUGGGGAAUCUGGAAACAUCAAAGCUGGAUUAGAACAUCUGCCACCUGCUGAACAGGCCAAAGCCAGACUACAGCUGGUUCUUGAAGCUGCUGCAAAAGCUGAUGAAGCAUUGAAAGCAAAAGAAAGAAAUGAGGAAGAAGCAAAGAGAAGAAAGGAGGAAGACCAAGCCACCCUGGUAGAACAAGUAAAAAGAGUAAAAGAAAUUGAAGCUAUUGAAAGUGAUUCUUUUGUUCAACAGACAUUCAGAUCAAGCAAAGAAGUCAAAAAGUUGGUGGAACCUAGUGAAGUGAAACUUGCAAUUUCAACAUCAGGACCUGCAUCAGUCAUUGCUGAUCCUCCCAGUAUUGAAAAAGAAAUAGAUCCUAGCAGCAUCCCUACUGCCAUCAAGUACCAAGAUGACAAUUCUCUGGCCCAUCCAAAUUUAUUCAUAGAGAAAGCUGAAGCUGAGGAAAAGUGGUUCAAGAGAUUAAUUGCCCUUCGACAAGAAAGACUAAUGGGCAGUCCUGUGGCCUAAGUUAUAUACACAUGGUCGAAUUGACAGUUGGAAGUUUAAGUUUUGAAUCCCCAUAUUAACUUUUAACUCUUAAAAAGAAUUUAGCUAAUUAUAUAAAAAGGCAAUCUUAUUUCAUUUUUCUCUCAUAUAGGCUUGGAUAUUUGUUGAUUUGAACUGAAUCAAGCAUUUUGUGGAUAUUAAAACUUGUGUAAAAUUUAAGAAUGCAUGAAAAUGUUAUACUGUUGAUAAAGCUAACUAUAAAAAAGUCAGUGUUAAAAUAAAUGGUACACAAUGGUGUUUUAGUACAAUCCUAAAAAUGUCAAGUUGUCAUUUAAAGACACAAUUUUUAGUAACCAUGCAUAUUUAAGAAUUAUAUGCUCUAAAUAUGAAAUUUUACCUUCUAUGUAUUACAAAACCAUUUUUGAAUAUUUUCUUUCACCUUAUUGCAGAUUUUUAGGGCAAUAAAAAGCAUCCUAAACAAUGUAAGCAAAAUGUGCAUGUUAUACUUAAAGAAACAACAUGUUUAUGGAAAAAAAUUUUGAGACCUAAAUAAAUUGUUGAUUUUUACUUAGAGAUCAGCUGCUACUAGGUGCUCCUUUGAAACAUUGGUAGAUCUUAGCUCAUUCCUUUAGCUAUCACAUGUUCAUGCUAAACCUAAGUGGUUGGCCAAAUACCCAUGGGGAAAUCAUUUCUAAGAAAACUGGGAAGAGCUCUCACUUCAGUCUUGCUUAACCAACUGCUAUUCCCUGUGGAGAUAACCAGCUAAUUGUUUCGAUAAGGCUAUCUGCCAUUGUAAAAUAAUGUUUCUCUAGUAGCUGAAUGACAACUAUGCAUUCCAUACUGAACAUGCCAGAGAUAAGGAUGCUGAGGCCUUGCUCUACAAAACUGGUUACAGCUGACGUGAAUUUCCCUUUUCUGCUUUGUUCUGUUGGCUGGUCUCACUCCAACAGAGUCUCUUUGAAGACUGUAGCUUCAGAGCUCAAGAUAAGCAUGAAAAGUCCUCAGGAUAGGAUUACCAAUAUAGAGGGCAUUUUAAAAUGCCAUCUUUUUUAUUUCUGAAACUACUAAAAUUCUAAUCCUGUUGAAAAAAAUAUAAAGGACUUACACUCAAUUGCAAAUGGCGUGGAAAGUAGACUGAUGACGAAAUAUUUGUUUUCAUACAAACAUGUUUUCCCACUCUAAAUAGAUGCUAGUGUUCUUUUUUCCUUAGCUGUAAAUAAAAGUGUCUGAUAAGAACUGA